AUGGAUUCUGGACGUGAUCGUUUACGACCAUAUCCGAUUGAUCGAGUACAAGAUAUAAUUGUUAAUAAAAUUGUGUUUGCCAAAAAAGAUCUUAUUCCAAGAAUAACAUCAUUUCUUUUCUCCAUAGUAAAAUUUCCAAUUAUUUUCAUUUGUAGACGUCUAAAUAAAACAUCGAUUAUUCAAAAUGUUGAAGAAAAAAAUGCUAAUGAAAUUAUUCCAAUUUCAGUUUGUACACCAACUGACGCAAUGGAUUCAAAAUAUUAUUAUGCAGUUAGAGAUGGUAAAAUUUGGUUUAAACCAAUUGCUGCUCAUUUAGAUGCUCCAUGGAAAUUAUUUGGUGGAAAUGGAUUUAUUGAUAACACAAAAAAACCAUUAGUUUCUUUAAGUGCUGAUGGUGAUAAUAUUCUAGCUGUUGAUAAAAAUCAAGUUAUUCAUUAUGCAAAAAGUAAUGAAGUUGUUUGUGAAGUUUCAUUUGACUGUCCACAAUGGAAAAUAAUUCAAUCAAGAGUGAAAUGGACAGAAAAAUGGUUUAAUAUGGAUGGUGUUUCUGUAAUUGUGAAUAUUUUUAGAAAUCCUGUUUUGAAACCAGUUAAAAAUGCAAGAAGUGUUGCCAUGUCACAUAAAGGUCAUGAUACAAUGUAUUAUACGGAUAUGGCAGGAAAAAAACAUCCAGAUCCGUAUGUUGGUGUAACAACUAUCUAUACACUUAGUGAAGAUGGUACGAGAAUUUAUUUUGCUGAUCCAUGGUUACGUAAUAAAUUUGAAAAUGAGUUAACCGGUCCUGAAGAUGGUCAAUUUAUAGCUGAAACAUUAGCAGCAAGUGCAUCAAUGGUAUUUCUUAUUCAAAGAGCACGCAACGAAAAUGGUAAAGAAAUUCAUAAAAUGUACACACGUUUUGGAGAUUUUGAUAGUAUAGGAUCAAAUCCAGCACUGAAAGCAACAUACAAUAUAAAAAAUCGAAUACCACUUAUCCGUAUUAUUCCAGGUGAAGAUUGGAUUGAACAACCGAUAAUACCUCUUUCUAAACAGGCUCGUUUAACAAAAAAUAUCUCCGUACUUCAAACUGGAUGGGGACAAAAUAAUCGACAAUUGCGUGUUCAAGGUCAUAAUGAAAACGGUCGAAGUGGUUAUUAUUAUAAAAAUGUCUAUGAUAUAAUAUGGACAUUUGAAAUAACAGAUCAUAUAAUAAUAGCGGAAGAAGAAUUUUUAUCCAACUCUGUUCCUCAUACGGGAUUUAAACAAGGUCCUAAAGUAGCUAAAGACUAUGAAAAUGGUAAAUUAGAGUCCAAUGGUGUUAACAUUCCAAUGAAAAUUACAUUAGAAAAAUUUUGUAAAACAGGUUUGAAUGAACGAGGUCUAAAUACAAAGUUGGUUCUUAGAUUUGAGAAUGGUUUCGAAUUGUCUAUACCACUCUAUGCCAGAAGAGGCUGGUUGAGUUUAUUAGGUAUUUCUCAUAAAAAUAUUUGGAAACUAGUUAUUCCACUAGAGUAUUAUGAAGAAGAAGAUAUUCUAGUAAAACAAAUUUUAUAUACGGUCUUUCAUAAUAAAGCAAGACAUUCGGUGAAUGUGUACGAAGGAAAAGAGGAGAUCCGUAUCACAAAUGUGUAUUACAGCAGUUGUAAGUUUAAAUUUACAUUUAAAAAUAAAUAUGAAUGA